AUGGCAACGGAAAAGGGUUUGCUCAAACUGAGGUUUUCUUCGCGACAAGUGGACAUACCUUCUAAAUCGGAAUUGCACUUCUUGCAAUCUAAUCGGGCCAUACCAGAGUCAAUUGGAUCCCAGGAUCUUUAUAAUCGGAUUGGUCACCAAAUACUAGUUGAAGAUGAAGAACAAACUGACACUGAAGGAGCAUUGGGGUACUUGGAAUGUCUGGGCCGCCCUGAUGCUGACUCUUUUGAGACACACACAAUUGAUGUAGAAAAUAGGUUGGCAGACCUAUUUUGGGCUGAUGGUAUUUCUCGUCGUGAUUAUGCUUGUUUUGGGGACAUUAUGGAUUUUGACACCACCUAUAAGAAGAACUCGUACAAUAAGCCCCUGAUUAUCUUUGUUGGGUUGAAUCACCAUUACAAGACAAUAGUCUUUGCAGUUGCUUUGCUAUACGAUGAGACCAAGGAGACAUAUAUUUGGGUUUUAGAGGAAUUUCUAGAGUGCAUGAAAAACAAACCACCUUCUGUGGUGGUCACCGAUGGUGAUCAUGCUAUGGAAAAAACAAUACAAAAAAAUAAUGUAGCUAUUCAUGCGCCUCAUCCUGUUUUCAAGUCCAAGUUCAAUGAACUACUUUAUCAAUACUGUAUCGAGGAAGAUUUUGAGGAUACAUGGAAGAGCAUGGUUUCAGAAUUCGAAUUUGAGGAUAGUCGAUGGACAACAACUACCUACAAUAACAGGAGGAGUUGGGCAGAGUGUUUCCUACGAGGGAAUUUCUUUGGGGGACUAAGAACUACUCAAAGAUCAGAGUCAAUUAAUUCCUACUUGUCCCACUUCUUGACGAGCAAACUCAAAAUUAGAGAUCUGGUUGGCCAAGUAGACAAGGUCAUACAGAGUAUUCGUCACACAGAACAGGAAGAUGACUUCAUCAGCAACCAUAGUAUGCCACAAUUACCAUUGAACGUCCUCCGAUAG